AUGGUGAGAGGGGGAGCAAACAGUCAAUAUGAAGAUAAAGGUGACAAUGCCGAUCAAUGUGGGCAGGAGCGAUGGCAGCUGGAACCAGGGUUCUCAGAGAGGGGUAAUAUAAACUUUGGAGGACAGCUUGUUGUCAAGCCAGCAAUUGUUUUGCUGCCCACAAACAGAGAACACAUCAGUCAAAAACCAAGAAUGUCAUCAUUCACCAUUGCUGUGUCAUCAUGUGCAUUAUUCAAACCGGAGGAUGGGGAUACAGGAGUAUACAGAGAUAAAGGAGCUGCUUUUCCAUUUGUCCAGGCUCUACAAAUGGUGAACCAACAUUUGGAAGACCAGAGCCAAGCCCCUGAGAAUCGGUUUAAAAUUGUGUUGAUAACUACCAAUGGUCAGGACAUGGCAUGGCUAAAUAAAAGCGAGUACAAUCUCAACAUUGCCCAAAUCUGUAAGGUUACAAAAGAAAAAACUGUUCUUGAUCAUCUUAAAGACAUCAAGCCUAUUCUCUACCUGUCCACAAACCAACAGAAUGUGAGAGAGGCCAUUAAUGCAGGAUAUGGAGCAGCCACCAUGUUUCAGGGAAAAUACCUUGAGCAAAGUAAUGAAAUGUUACGUGUGGCCUUUGAUGGAGAUGGAGUCCUGUUUUCAGAUGAAUCAGAGAGAGUCUUCAAAGAGCAAGGUCUAGAAGGUUUCAUUCAAAAUGAGCGCACUUUGGAGGACACAUUGCUGGAACUGGGCCCUCUAAAGGAUUUUGCUGGAGCAUUAGUAAACUUCCAGUUACUCCAGCAAAAUUGUCCAAUCCGUACCUACCUCAUAACAUCACGUGGCACUAACAGUCCUGGAAUCAGAGCCCUAAAGACUCUUCAGAAGAAUUUAGAAAUCAAUGAGGCAGUCUUUCUCUCUGGUGCUCCAAAAGAACCAGUGCUGAUGGCAAUCAACCCUCACAUCUUCUUUGAUGACAAAAUGGAACAUGUACAAGAAGCCCGAAAUAAUAUGGUCAUUGCUGCUCAUGUACCUUUUGGGGUGAGGAAUGAGUAAGAACAUUCUAGUUUGUAAAGAUCUGAUAUGGCCUGUCCUGUAAGUGAUCCGGCCACACAUCCUCUUCUAUGAUUCCUAAUAGGGAAGCUCCAACUUUGGCAAUCAUUUCUGCUAUUGUUAUUAAAGGGUUAAAAGAGUGAAUGAAUAAUGAAUCCCAAAGAAAAUUGUGAUUAUAAUUAAAUGGUGAAAUUAAACAGAUUAAUAUAUUAU